AUGAAGAGAGCGAGUGAUUUUAUUCGUGAAACGUCAAGUUUAUUCAACAUUGAAGCAGUACAAAAUGCUGAUCUGACGGUUGAAAUCUCUGCUAAACUCUUGCACUGUGUUUGCACUGGAUACUUUCAGAAUUUGGGCGUCUCAAACGGACCCAUAAAAGCCGGCUACCGAUUAACAUCACAGGCAUCAAAUAGUGCUCUAACGACGAUCGCUAGGGUAUCAUUCACAUCCGAGUUGACAUUUGAGCAAGAUCAAGCACCGAAAUUCGUUGUAUUCGACGAACUAAUCCAUAUCAACGGACGAAAUAUAAUAACGAUAAUGAGUUCAAUCGACAUCAAUUGGUUAAAAACUGUCUCUCAGUAUUGGUAUCAGCACAUGAAUAUUGCUCAUCUUCAAAAUCUACACUAUGAAAAUUACACGUUUGACAAUAUCGGUGUUGUUCUACUCAUAGCUGUUGUUGGAAAACGAGGUUGUAAACUAUCGAAGCUUGAAGAAAACAUUCAGGGUUUGAUUGAAGCCGAUUAUAAUCGAUUGAAGUUGACUGUUUGGGCUGAGAGAACAAAAUUACCACAGGCUCAGCAAUACAUUGAACAAGUAAUCAAUCAAGAACGAGAAAAACUGAUCACCGAAGUUGAAGAAAUUCAAAUGGUCGGCACCACACGGCUGCUGAUGGGUACUGGGGGCAAAAUCGAAUUGAUUCUGAUCAAAGAUGAAUUUGUCAAGGUAGUUAUAUCGAAAUUGCCUUCUACAACUACGGAGAACGAUGUCAAAGCACUAUGUGAACGUUUGAAUACUGGGAAAAUUCGUAAUAUAAAUAUCAUUGCACAAAGUAACGACGGUACAAGUGUUGUGAUCGUCUUCUACAUGGUUAAGGAUGCUCGAGCAUCGAUUGAUAAACUUGGCGGAUACAUCAUAGGCGGUCGUACCAUCACUGCUAGCCCCGCCUAUCUAAAAACAUCUGCACACAGCAGCAAACAAAACUGUCAGUUGAAACUUGUCUGGUAUCUGACAGAAUCGAAAUGCAGCGGAAAAAUCUACUUUUCGGAUGAACAAAGUGCCUUGUAUGCUCAAGGAUCUCUUCAAGAUCUACCGUACAAAUGUCAAUAUCAAUUUGUCUCUAGUCUUCCAACUCUAAAAGUGGUGUACUAUAUCCAACCAUGCAGCGGAACUGCAAUACUUAAAUUUGAAACGAGAGAUCAGGCGUCACAUGCCAUAGACACAAUGACCAACCAAGGUCACAAAUGUGUUCGGUCAAAGUAUGAAGAGAAGUCUAUGUUUGUCUCAGGUUUGGCGGACACUAUUGACGACGAAGACAUUCGCAAUACGUUUCGAGAAUGUCCUGGUUUAUUAGACAUUACCGUUCAUCGGAAGAAAAAUGGUCAAUUACACAAUAUUUCACUCACAGCAAAAGAUCAAAUACGAGCGCUGUUCAAUCACUAUGAAUCGUUUCAAGACGAAACAAUUUUCAUUCAGUCACGUCAGGGGAAAGUUGAAGCUCUUCUACAAUUCAAAAAUCCAAUGGAUAUGAAGUCAGCUAUUGACGAAUUAAACGAGAAACCGGGACUGAUUGGUUUGGGAAAAGUGUAUUUAAGUGAACAAAAGCCGAAGAAAUCUAUGACAAAUGAUGAACACAUCCUGAAAGUGUCAAACCUUGAGCCUGAAAUCGAUGAAGUUGAACUAGAAAAAAUGCUAAAGGCACGAAAAUUGUUUGAUAAUGUGACAUCGAUGAUUGUUUAUCGAAAGCAAUUGAAUGAAAAAGCGGAUCAGAUAGACGAAAAUAAUGACGAGGAAGAGUUCCAGAAAGAUUUUAUCAUCCAGGAAGAAGAAAAUUUCAAUCACCAAAUACAGAUGAGUCAACUUAAGUCGUUGUUCUCCACAAAUCAAUUGCAGUGUCCACCGGAUAUUCAAGUUCAUCCGCCAACAGUUGAUGGAAAAGUACGAGCAGUCAUCGCAUUUCAAAAUCCUCAAGAUGUCACAACCACAGUCAGUCUCCUUGAUGUCAAUAAUCUCUUGGCAUUAUUCAACACAGCAACAAAAGUUCGCAUAAUUCCACAAAUUGAUCAUGUUGUUUUCUUACAUUCAGCAUUAGCUAAGGCAAUAGGUCUCGCAAUUUAA